AUGAGACACGGUUUGAAACUAAAAGAUGGAGAAAACACCACGAGACUCGGAGAGAUAUGUUCAGGGUCCCUUCACUCUUCUACGGACAAUGGAGUACACCUUGUUCCGCAACCAAGUGGUCACUCUGAAGACCUCCUGUCUUGGAGUUUCUCUCGCAAGCUACGUCUUAUCCUCAUCACUUGCCUUGCAGCCUUUGCCGGAAAUGUAGCUGCUCUUUCGGGGCAAGAGGCCUACCCAGUGCAGGCAGGUUUGUACAAGGUGGCCAUUCUGGAGGCUUCUUAUUCGGUCGCAGCAGCUAUAUCGGGCCUUGCAACGGGUGCGAUUUUCUGCCUCCCACUGGCUCGCAUCUUCGGCCGCUGGUCCAUCACGUUCUGGUCACUAGUUGGCAGCCUAGCAUGCGCAAUAUGGUCUGCACGAAGGACGAGUGAAAGCGACUAUCUCAAAUUCAUCAUGUCACGACUUCUAAGUGGUCUAUUUGGUUCCGUGCCAUCGGCCGUUGGCGGAAGUACGAUAUUUGACCUAUUCUAUCUGCAUCAACGAGGCCGUGCCUUCAUCUGCGACCAGAUUUCGGUGACUUUUGGGGCUACUGGAGGUCCCACAUUGAGUGGGUUCAUUGCUGGUACAACAUCAUGGACUUGGUGUUUCUGGUGGACUGUGCCCUUGCUGGCGAUUACGGCUCUUUUAGUCUUUGUUUUGGCAGAAGAUACGAGCUUUGAUCGGGAACAGGGGAAACCGGUUCAUGUAUUGGAAAGGCCUCAAGUUGCUACACGCGCCAUAAUCCCAAUAGCUAUCAUGUUGUCGCCUAUCACCAUGCUCUGUGGCCUCUUUACCCUUGUCGUGUUUGGCUGGCUGUUGAUAAAUGACGUUCUGUUGCCGACAUUCUUGCAAAACCCAAUCGAGCAGGGUGGAUGGGUGGCCGUCAUCAUAGCUCAGCUCAUCGGCAUGGUGGCCAAUGACGGACUGCCGCUCUGGAUCUGCAAGCGAUACUACAACGGCAUAUGGCGGCCUGAGCUACGGCUGUAUACAAUGACAAUUACUAUGAUUUUCUGCCCUAUUGGGCUCGGAAUCUGCGGGGUGGCGCUUCAGCAUCACGAUCAUUACAUGGUCUUCGCCGUCGGGUAUUUUGUGACAGCUUUCUCUGUUCUGGUCUGUGUUCCGGUGGCAGUCAACUACAUUGCAGAGUCAUUCAGCCACUAUGCCGCGGAAUGCACGCUGAUCAUGACCUUUUACCGGCUCUCGUGGGGCGUGGCAGUUUCUUUCUUCAUCUCGCAGUGGAUCGACGAGGUGGGCAUCAACUGGGUGUAUGGAACGGCAGCUCUGAUCACUAUUGUAGCGUAUUCAUUCAUCUGUGCGUUGCUCUGGAAGGGUCCUGUGCGUCGCACCAAGAGUCUGAUCAGGGGCCUGGCAUCUUCGGAAGAGGGGCAGAGAUUAUUUACAACAGGAAUAUGA